UUGUAAUUUAGGAGUUGAAGGCGUCGAGUAAUCUGACCCCGGUUUUCUACAAGCGAGGAACCAUGAAGACAUUUUGAAAGCCGCCUUCAGUCUGGCGCCUCUCUUCUAAAAAUUUUGGCUCCAAACAUAUAAUAUAGUCUCUAUAGAGAGAAAGGGUGUUGGAGUUUGAGAGAGAGAGAGAGAAUCUGGAACAUGGAUGCUCCUCUUGACUUUGAAUUUGAAGACCCACUUCUUAAUUCUCCUGUUAUUGUCAAGAAAAGCAAGAAAGUUAUUGGCUUGGAUGAUCUUUUGACUGAUCACUACCAGGAGAAAAGCAAAGUGAUCGAGAGGGAAUCUAAACGAGCAAAAGCAAAGAAAAAAUAUGAUUCAGAUGAGGAUGAUUUUGACAAAGAAGCUUUACUAUCAAAACAAAUUAAUGAAUGCCACAAUCAGAUGCAAGAAUUGAGUGGUGAGGCAGAGAUUGCCACGUGGGGUGUACAUGUUUUUGGCAAUCAGAAACGCCUGCCAGUUCUUACACUGCCUGAGCUUGGAAGUUGCUCACUUUUGCAGUCUUUCAUGAGCAGCGAGCUCAACUCUUUGGUUGAACUCACCACAGAAAAAGUGGAAACUUUUCUUGAAGGACUAUUAGUAAAUGGUUGGCUCUCAAAAUUGGUCAACACCCGUAGCUAUAUAGAAAAAUCAAUAGCUAAAUGGACUUUCUAUUUGAUGUUAUAUUCAUCAAAAGAAGAGUUGAGAGCAUCUGCCUGUGACUUCUGGUGCAACAUUCUUUCGCCUCGGGAUAAGACCGAGAAGCUGCCUAUCAGAAUCGAGUGGUUUCCCAGUUACUGUGAGCUGAGAAGUGCUCUCAAAACAUAUGGAUUUCUCUUCAAUUAUUUGUCACGGACAGAAUCAAUAAUCACCAAUUCAGGGGUUAGAGGGCCACCUAAAAAUAUUAGAGCCUGGAUCAAAUUUGUAGCUGCCUGUUGUUGUGUCAGGAGCAAACGGCCUGUAUUUUCAGCUUCAGAAGCUGAGGAACUAGUUGAAGUUGCUGUUUUCCUUUCCUCAGAUCGCCAGCUUGAAGGUUUACUGGUGCUUUUGGAUGAAUUUGUGCAAUCAGUUAUCAGUUACUUCACAGAUGAAGAAUGGAAUAUCAGCUGUGAAAAGAUAGCAAGAUCCAUCUCUUGCAGAAGGGUGGAUGUACACUCUUUGCUCAUAUCCUUUGCUUGCAGAAGCCCCAGGGACUUGAACUGUUUGCAGACUGUGGAAUGCAUUUCAGGAGUCAGCACUCGUGGCAAUCACCUGAGGAGUGCCAUUUCUUAUCAGAUUCUGCUUAAUUGUUUCGAUAAUAAGGUUCACUUUUGUCACAUUUCUCAGGCUUCCAACGAAGAAGAGAUCCUGAGUUUCCUCAUAUCCAUAAACGUGAAAGACCGAAGUUGUGAUCUUUUCCAGAUGUACAUCUACCUGGUUUUGACUGAAAACUGGCUCUUGUCCAAUCCAAUGUUUGAACUCAAGCCAGUGAUCUAUGAAAUGUGGGGUGUUUAUCUGCGAAACUGUUCUUGCCAAAUCACCAGCACAGAUAUGAGGCCCUAUGCAUCAAAGGUCCGCACAAAAGCUUCGUAUAUUCUAUUUGGCACCACCAAUAAAUAACUACUAUAAAUCUUCUGAUGGAAUACAAGGUAUAGGUGCUGAAAUGUAGCAGAAAGGAAAUGAAGAGUAUAUCCACAUGUGAAUUAAAAGAAACAAGAUAGCAAUUAUUUAUUAGUGGGAAGUCUGAAAUUUGAAUCCGCUGUACGAGUUCUAAGCAUGCAAAAUACAACCUCCUUUUGAAUUCUUUAAACCUGCUGAUUCCCAAGCUGAGUUGUGGGAGAAUGAAAGGAUAGUUUGGCAGGAUUUGGUUUGGCUAGGCAAUCCCUAGUAAUCAUAUUUGUAUAAAUAGUGCAUUCAGAAGAGAUUCCAAUGUACUGUACGAAUAUUUAAGUUCCAGGAGGGAACAAAUGGCGCAGCACUUGAGCCAAAAAAAAAAAAAAAAACACUAGCGGCUUAAGUUCCUCACAUGUUCAAUCAGCCUUUCUCUUUCUGUUAAAUUGUGAGACAACCAUUUUUAUUUCAAAA